AUGACAGGGCACCCCACGCAGUUCCAGGCUCUGGGGCAGGACAGCAUGCAGGGCAGGGCAGCUCCGCUUCCUGAAUCCAAUCUGCAUUCAAGUGCUGACUUCCUGAAUGAUCAGCUGAAGGAUCUCAGGAUUGACAUAAACCAACACCAGCACCAGCUGGAACGAAGGGGCAAUGAGUCAGAGGUAAUGGUGGGCAGGGCCACCUCUUUCGGGGAGACAUACUGGGGAGAUGCAUCAGCUGAAACUUUUCAGUGGGAGGACAAAUCACUAGAGCCGGAGCCCCCACGUAAGGCAGACCCGGACCCAGACACCGAGCUGGAGGAGGAGUCUGUGCCGCCGCUGGAGUGGUGCCCGGCGCCCAUGCUCGAGCCUGAGGCCCCGCCGGCCUCCAACUUGGAGGCCUGCAGUGAAGACCCAGAGCAAGCGCAGUACCAAGUGGAGCCUGUCCAGCCCUGCAUGGAGGAGCUGCCGAAGGACAGCAUCCACCCGCAGAGCGGGAGGGAGGACGUCUGCCACCCGAGUCCCAUGGAGGAGGAACCAGUGGCCCCCGCCCACCACUCCAUCCACGUGCAGACCUCCAAGCACCUAUUCUGGGCAGACAAGCUCGUCCAGGCCUCAGAACAGAGUGUGCAGAGUGAGAUCAGCAGGCAGCUGGAUGAGAAGAGCACAGAGGAGACCGUCAGCCACCCGCACCAGGAGUCGGUCCCCGAGGAUGCCCUGUGCUCCGAGGAGCCGCUCCAGAACCCCAGCACCCAGCCGGAGCUGUGGGACACUGGCUCCGGGCAGCCGCCCAGCACCCCCUCCUCCUCCAGUCUCGCACCAGCUAUCAGCCUGCAGGACGUGGUCAACUUGGCAACUUCCCUGGCCCUAGCCUCCUCCAGCAAGGUGGACCUGCCGAAUUUGGAGUACAUGAUGAAAGCUGACCAGGGAAACGCCGCGGAGCCCUCUCCGGCGCCACCGCCCUCGGUGGAGAGUUUCACCUCUGGUGCCAAGGAGGAGCCAGAGCAGGAAAAGCCCUCUGAGUUGCUACAGCAGCCACCGGAGAAACUGCUGGAAGCCAGGGAGCCAGAGAAAGUUUGCAAGCAGAAAAACAAGCAGCAAUUUCCCCUUCACUUUGACUUGAGCAAGCUGGGGCCCCAGAAGGCUAUCAUUGAAGGGAAAGUGAAGUUCAUCCAGGCCCCAGUCAUGUCCACUCCACCGACAGAAGGGAGAGACUCGGAGCCAGGAACCAAGAAAGGGAGUCCAUUAUUGCUGAAAAUCCAUUUUAAGCUGUCGUCCCCCUCUUCCCCAGUGAAAUAACUAGACAAGACCAAUAAAGCCUCCAGUGCUGGCCCCCGAUUGAGAUGUUCCAUGCAGACACUCCUGGGCCAGUGAGCUCACCUGGCCGCGGAGUCCUGGUUGCAAUUUUUUAAGGAUGCCCCCAUCCCAUUU